UGCCGGGCUGUGGUUGAGUGUAAGCUCGUGACCAGACUGAAGCUGGGGAAGCUAAAGGUGGUGCGGCGGCAGCUGCUGCAACGGUAUGAACACCAGCCGUUUGUCUCCUGCCUGGCCGGCCUCUACGGUUGCCAAUGGAGACGAUACCAAAGAGCCCGGGCCCAGCCAGGAGAGUGCUGCUGCAGCAAGGUGGAGUGUGGCAGUUUUGGCCUCCUGAUUGUCACCUUCUUCCUGAGUUUUUUAUUCCUCUAUUUCUGGAGUGAAGCUCAGAACGACUACAUCGACUUUGACUGGUUUAACUUUGGGACUCUGGGUUUCUGGUUUCCCUGGUCUCGGGUCCUGCUGGUUGUUGCUGCUGCUCUCUUCACAUACAUCGCCUUACUAUUGGUGCUGGCAGUGUGUCUGCUUUCUGAGGGUCAGAGGCUGUACCUUCACUGGAGCCACAAGACUGGCAUCGUGGUGGCAUUGGCGUUCUCCGUCACAGCCACCGCCAUCUUGUCUGACAUUUGGAGCAAAGAAUGGAAGACUCUCCUUCUUUCCCUGCAGGUGACAGCACCUUUCCUCCACGUGGCUGCAGUCUUACUAAUGGUGAUUCUGUCCUGGCCAAUAGCGUUGCAUUUCUUUCGCAUGAACAAGAAAGACCGCUCAGGUCGUCUGGGAGAGCUCUGCUUUCUGUCCCCAGAGUCAGGACUAAACACGGAGAAGCAGCGCUCCGUUUUCAUGCACCGCAUAUCUGGAACAAACUCCCAGAAAACUGCAGUGCGUCAGGUGGCUGUCCUAGGUCUCUACCUGUCCGUGCUGUUCUCUCUCUACCUGGUCCCUCUGGGAAUGUACUCACCAUGCAUUAAAGAGGCGGGAACGCUGGGACCCGCCCCGACACUCAUCGGACACAGAGGAGCUCCGAUGCUUGCUCCAGAGAAUACCGUGAUGUCGUUUGAGAAGGCAGUGGAAGCUGGAGGAGAAGGACUGGAGACUGACGUUACCAUCAGUUAUGAUGGUGUUCCCUUCCUGAUGCACGACUCCACUCUGAAGAGAACCACCAAUGUCGCUGAUGUUUUCCCAAAUCGAACGCACCUCGAUGCCUCAAUGUUCAGCUGGGCCGAGCUACAGCAGCUGAAUGCUGGCGGCUGGUUCUUAUUGAGGGAUCCAUUUGGGACUGUGUCGUCCUUGUCUGAGGCCGACUGCUCCCAGGCCCAGAACCAGUCUGUUCCCUCGCUGGCCCAGUUUCUGGAGGUAGCGGCCUCUAGCGGCAGACUAGUGCUGUUUGACCUGCACAAGCCACCGUACGGACAUCCCUACAGUCAGUCGUACAUCAACACCACUCUGCAGGUGGUGCACGCCCACAUCAACUCCUCACAGGUGCUGUGGCUUCCAUCUGAGGACAGGGAUCUGGUCCACGCGGUGGACCCAGAGCUGCAGCAGACCUCUGGAGAAAAGGCAUCUAUCCAGGAACUGACAGACGGCCACAUCACCAGGCUGAACCUGCACUACAGCACCAUGUCACAACAACAGUUCAGUAAGUACCAGUCAGUGAACAUCAGCACUAACCUGUAUGUGAUCAGCCAGCAGUGGCUCUACACUCUGGCCUGGUGUGCCGGAGCUCAGUCCGUAACCACCAACUCCAUCCACAUCCUGUCCAACAUCAACAAGCCGCUCUUCCUCAUGACUCCAGAGGAAUAUAGUUUGAUGUGGAUUCUGACUGAUGCUGUGUCGGCCUUCCUCAUCAUUGCUGUUUUCAUAUUCCAUUGGUGGAGAGAGAGAGGCCUGCCCUUCUGGUCAGGCAGCCGUCAGACCCAUGAGAACGGACCGUACAGCAAGUUCAGGACAGAGCUGAGUGACGUGUGGUCCAUUUCCAGCGUCAUCGUCCGGCCCGACCUACGGAGCGCGCCCAGUUCCCCCAGUACCCCUCACCUGCCCACCAUCACAGAGGAGUGACUGGGGGAGACACACAGAGAGAGAGAGAGAUAGAGAGAGAGAGAGAGAGAGAGGGGUACAGAAAAUGAGAGAUAGAAAGAGAGAGAGAAAGAGGGUUUUGAAUUGAAACUUGAUUUCAAAUCAAGUGUUUGUAGAUAACAUAAUGCAAGGCAAUUUUAUUUACAUAGCAGCAUUCAGACAUGAAGUAAUUCAUAGUGCAUCCUCUGGCAUACAGGAAGCCAGUGCAGUGAUUGAGUGCAUUAAAUAUUCAUGACUAAAUUAGCAACAAUGAAAUUGGAUUAAAAACGUUCUUGGUUAUUAUUUAUUAAGAGUUUAACACUGACAAACUAGAUGUGGUUUGAUCCGAUUUGACAUUUGGCAACAUACUGCAAGCAAACAACUGUCAUCGCAUUGGCAUUCAAAUGUAGUUUAAUUUGUGAUGUAAUCACCUUUUUCCAACUAAGCCCUGCCCGGUGCCUGAAGCUCAGAGAAACCCCAAAAUGCAGAAAUCUGUUGCAAAAACAACCAAAACUGUUCUGUCUUUGGCAAAAAAAUUUCAUGUAAGAACUCAUCACUCAUAAU